UGUUACCAGAAGAAGAAGAAGAAGGUAAUCACUCAUUUAUGUUGGACACACUGCAAUCUGCCGAUUAGCUGUUACGCAUUUAGUAAACAUGGCGGAAACUUCAAACAGGAUACCACCUUUGGAUGUAUCUGUUACACCCAAAUUCCUAUGGCAGUCCAGUGUUAUAAAUAAAAACUCAUUUUCUUUGGAUCAAAACAUUGAAAAUGCAGAAAGGAAAAAGGUAGUGAAAUGUAGCACUCCAAGCUAUCCUUCGCCCAUUGAUAGAAUCCAAUGUGGCAAGCACAAGCGUGCAGAAGCUCUGGGUUGGACUGGCUGGAGAAAUUCUUCUUUUGAAGGAAACCAAAGUUUUCCUCGUUCCUCACGGCUGAAGCUGCGUAGAGACGAGAUUUAUCCAGAUACCCCACCGCCACGAAUGACUAUGGAAAGAAUCCGGGGAGAUGGGUUGAAUACUUGUAGUUUCUCCUCCGGACGUGUGCGAGGCUCAUUUUCAACAAGUCGUUUCUCAGAUCUUGGAAACAUGAAACCAAUCCAAUCAUCCAAUGACCUUGGCUCUAACAUCAGAUCUCUGCAAGGAUUUAAUGAUUCUGCAUGGUCCUUCAGCAGCAGCUUUGUUAGUGCUCUUGGAGGAGCUAGCAACAGUUUCCCGACAGCAGCCAUGAACCCUAACAAAGCUGUAUUUACUAUUGACAACAAGUCAUCCAAGAUCCUGGUUGUUAAUGGUAUGGCAUGCAGUCUGCUGGGUUUCACACCAGAAGAGUUGUGUCAGAUGAAACUGCACCAGCUGCUAAGUGGCCAGCACAAGACACAGCUCACUGCUCUAUCUGAAGAACAACUUGAUAUCAGGGAAGGAAACAUGGUCAUCCUGAGUGGGAAAGUGAUGGAAAUGGUAACGAAGGAUGAGAAAAUUGUGCCUGUCUCACUCUGGUUGAGGAAGUUGGAGACAGAAGGCAGAUGUCUAGCCGUGGCUGAACCUGUUGAGCGUAGAGUGGCUCAGCUUGUUAUGGACCAAACUGGCUGUAUCAUAUCAGCUGAUUCUGAGACAUCCGUCAUUUUCCAAUAUGAAGAAGAUGACUUGGAAGAAGUGGACAUAGCAAUGUUGAUACCUGCUAUCAAGCUACCUGGUAGUGAAGAACCUUUAAAUAAGGAUGUGAAGAAGCAGAAAGCUACUGGUCGGACGAGGGAUGGAGCUACCUUCCCCCUGUGCUUGAAAAUCAAUGAGCAGAUGUCAGAAGAUAAGAGCAUGGAUAAUGCUACAAAUGUUCUGUACUCAGUUGUGAUUUGGGUAUUUGCCAACAUGAGUGGACUUGUAGUCAUUACUGAAGAAGGUUUAAUUGAAAGUUGUAAUCACCACUUCACACACAUGAUGUUUGGUUAUCCGCAGUCUGUGUUGUUGGGACAGAGAAUCACUACCAUUAUACCAAAUUUCUGUGAAGACCUGGAAUACUUGGGUGAUACUACUGUGACUUUACAUCAGUUUGAUUUGAACAAGACAGAUGAUGAUAAUGACAACAGUAAUUAUGAUUCUGCCUUGGAGAACACAGAGCACGAUAAAUCGAAGAACAGUAGAAAAGAGACUGCAACUGUUGAACUUGAUAGGUCAAGCAAGAUGGUGGAAAGUUUGGGAGUGGAAUUGCUGGCCAAAGGAGAAUGUUGCUGUACCAAUGUAACUGCAAAUAAUUCAUUAGCUUCAGUUGGUGAAAUUUUGGAUUCAGUGAACAGACUGAAUUUUGGAUGUAUCAAGGACAAUACUAGUAGUUUGUCUCUGUACUGCAGUGAUGAAUCAGUGAAGCAGGGCUCCAUCUUUACAAUCGGUACAUCAUCUGUUGGUAAACAGAGUUCACCUUCAGAGCAUUAUGAAAGCAGUAAUGCAAAAACUUUACCUCCUAAGUCAUUAAAUAUUGUGGCUAGUAAUGCAGUUUUAGACAUUGAAAAUGGCAGCGAGAAUGGGGAAUUGACACCAAUUGUUUCGCCACAAAAUGACUUUGUUGAUUAUGAUGACAACUUUGAAACUGCCUCAGAUGGUGAAGAUGAUGAUGAAAGCAGUAUAGAAGUUAUUGAGGAUGGUGAAGCUGAAGGUGAUCUUCCUGUUAAUAAACUCAAAAGUAAUAAGUUAGAAAGUAUAAAUUUGCCUUUGAAAUCAUUUUCUGGACAUAAUUUACAAGACUCUACAAACAGAAGUGAUGUAGUGGUUGAAGUUUUAGGUAUUCACGAUAAUUCAGAUGCAAGUGGGUCUGACAAGGAAAAUAAAUUGGAAACAAGUGAAGGAUAUGGAAAAGACAGAAACUCUGAGAGUGGUGUUAAAUAUUAUGAACAGAAAGAAACAGGAUCUUUGGGGGUUAUAAAAUUUGAUGAUGCAGAUGAGUUGAGUGCAAUUCCAGAUUCAGCUGAUUUUGUGGAUGAAGAUAAUUUGGAUCACACAGGUCAAGUUAUGCUUAUGUCCUCUACUCCUGCAAUUGGUAAAAGACUGGCAAGAAAGGGAUUGUCAAAGGAUUUGGAUAACAAAGGCGAAGCAGGAACUCUCAAGAAGUUUGUAGAUGGAAGUUAUGUUGGAUUUGGAAGGCAUCGUGAUGGCUCCAGUUUAGAUAUUGUGUAUCGAGUACGUGGUAUGGCACUGUCCUGUGGAAGACUUGUGUAUUGUGUUUGGGUGUCAAGAGACCCUGAAGAGAUGGGGGAAGGAGGUCGAUAUUGUGGUGGGAACCUUACGCUAACAUCCAGUUUCAACAGCACUGUAGACAACUCUCUGGGGCAGGCGAUCCGCUCAUGUGCUCAGAGCAAUGUGAUUCUGCAGCAACAAAGUACUCAGCCAGGAUCUGUAUCAGUACUAAGUCAGUGUGAUGAUGAUCACACAUGCGGAGAUUAUGGGGAACACUACACGACACUUCAGCAGAUAGGCAAAGGAGCAUUUGGGUAUGUGAAGAUGGCAUUCCGUAAUGAGGAUGGCUUGCUGGUAAUAACAAAGUUUAUUCAGAAGCACAAAGUUCAUCAGCAGUCAUGGGUUGAAGAUCCCACACUCGGAAGAAAAGUUCCGCUUGAAAUUAGUCUCUUGACCACACUGAAACACCCCAAUAUUGUUCAAGUUUUGGAUGUGUUUGAGAAUGUAAAGUUCUUUCAACUUGUGAUGGAAAAACAUGGUGCUGGUAUGGAUCUGUUUGAAUUUAUUGAUAGGAAACCUUACUUGGAUGAGACUCUUAAUAGUUACAUCUUCAGACAGAUUGUCUCUGCAGUAGACUACCUCCAUUCCUUACAGAUACUUCAUCGAGAUAUCAAAGAUGAGAAUGUGAUCAUUAAUGAAAGGUUUCAUGCAAAACUAAUAGAUUUUGGUUCAGCAACUUUUAUGAGUGAAGGCCGACUCUUCUCUACAUUUUAUGGCACCGUAGAAUACUGCAGUCCUGAAGUGCUAGCUGGGAACAAAUAUGAAGGUCCAGAGUUGGAGAUGUGGUCACUAGGAGUUACACUUUAUGUGAUGACAUUUGGAGAGAACCCAUUCUUUGAUGUGGAAGAGAUCAUGAGGGCUGAACUGCAUCCUCCAUGCAAGGUGUCAGAUGAGUUGAUCGAGUUGCUACACUGGAUGCUAGCAAAGGACCCACAGGAUCGCUGUAAGGUGCAGCAGCUGGUAGGUCAUCACUGGGUCAACCUGGAUGUGGAUAUGAGUAGCUACUGCUUUCAGGAUGUUGUAUCAUGUCAUCCUCAGGAAGCGCAUCCACCUGUUUACUAUGCUGAGUACAGGUGCGACUCAGCUAAUGACUCUCUGUCAAACCAUUUUCCCAUUACGGAAUCAUCUUCAGCCAUGCUGUCAAACAAUAAUGGGGAUUCCAAUCCAGAUGACCGAACUGUUGGCAGUUCCAACUCACUUGGGAGUCUCACGACUGUUGAAAACUUUGAGACUGAGGAAGAUCUGCAUGGUCAGCACCAAGGACAUGAAUUAAGACAAGAGAAAAUGGAAUAUUCUACUAUUAAUGGACAUGCCUCAGUUUCUUUAUCAGCUAAAGUCACACCUGGCAAGGUGACCCACUGUCAAGAGGAGGAGGAGCUGGUGGACUGUACAAACCAACCGCAGGUUACUGCAGACGAUAACAUUAGUGUUGCUUCAGCUGAAGCCACAAAUUCCUGCAUGCCUGCAAAUGAAUUGCUUCAAGAAGACAUGUGGGACCAAGAUUGCUAUUAUGAUGAGCAAGACAGCUUCUCAUGAGAACGAGUGAUGUUUGUUAUGGCAACAACACCAUUUUAAUUGAAGAACUAAUUCUUGUAGCAGUUCCUUGUUAUCUCAUUAAUAGUUGAAGGAAGGAAUGAUAAGUUAUUCUGUAUUUUAAGAUCUUUUUUCUGUAUUAUGACCAGAUAUUUUUAAGAACAAGUAUUUCCUUAACAAUGGAUUUAAAAAUUUAUUUUUCUGAAUGAAUGGAAUAAGCAUCCCUUUAUUUGUAGUAUAUCAUAUGUCAUGUUUGUUUUCAGCAGGUCUGUUUAAAAUCUCACAGAAAUGUAUUACUUUAAGAUAUUUGUCAUUAUGCUAAAGGAAAGGUAGCUGAUUGAUAGUUUGAAUAUUGUCAUAUGUAAUUUGGUUCAGUUUCCAAAUUUCAUCACUUUCUGAAGCAGUGGAAAGUUAUAAUUGAUUGGGUUUUGUCAAUAGAUGCCAGAGUCUCUCAAGUAAUUGUCUCCCUCCGUUAGGAAGAAGAGAUAUAUUUUUAUCCUUAGUGAGUUGCAACCCAUCGCUUCAUUCAUUGGGAAGUUGCUUUGUCAGUUCCAAGCUUGAUGUUCAUUUGAAAUUCACUAAGCAUAUUAAUUCAUGUUAAUUUUUUUUGUCACAUUAUAUGAAAUUACUUUGAUUUUAGCAGAGCUGGGCUUUAAUGAAAAUACAAUGUAUAUCACUUCAUUUUUCAGUGAUAUACUUUUCAGUAGGUUUGUUUUGGGAACUCUUGGUUCAGUUUAAGGAGUUCAUGCCAGUUCAGUUUUCUUUUACCGUAGGCCUUUGUUUACACUAAACCUAUCAGUGAAAUUGUAUUUGUUACAGUGUCAUGAUGAGAACGUACUACUUUGCACAUCCUGCCUUGUUGAUAUUCUGAAUAGGGUCAUUAACUGUGUAGUAAUGAAUCUCUUGAUUAUUUUCAAAAGAGAGGAACAUUGUUAUUUGCUCAGUUUUUGUAAAUAUUUAUAGUAUGCGAGAGAGAAAAUUACAGCCUGCAUAUGUGAAACAAAAUUAUUUGGCCCCAAACAAAUCAUAUAUUUAAAAAAUGUCAAGAGUUUUUACAAGGAACUUGAAAUAACUAUCUGGUCUGUUCGUUUGGAGCCAGACAGAAUUUUUCUUGCUGUCAUCUACAGUCUCCAUAAGGGUCUCCUAAUAUGACCUUCACUCAGAGAAGUUAUGUGGUUGAUUACAGAAAGCUGUAAUCCUUUAUGUUUAUUUUGCAAGCUUUAUGUUUUGUUUUUUGCAAAUGUCUUUGUUUUAUUUAAAAUGUCAAUUUCUUAGAAAUACUGGUGUCCGAAGAACAUAUUAUAACUAGCCAUUAUUAAAAUAAACACUGCAAGAGUACUCCAUACUAUUAGUAAUUGGUGUAAUUAUGUGAGUACCUGUGUGUCCUCACAAAUUCAUUAUUUUGGUGCCAAAAAUAGGUACACUAGUAUUUUACAAAUUAGAGGUUGCAUUUUUUGUAAUUAUGUGGUUAUUAUUUUAGAAACAAGAUGAAUGGAUGUGGGGUGUCAUUUCUGCAUGUAAUGCAUAUAACAUGACUGAAGUUACGCAAAUUGAAUUGUAAUCUGUCUUGUUUAUGUUAUGUUUUUGUUACAAAGUUACACGAAUGUUCAGUUGUAGUUCUGUGACUUCUGUUUCUUGUAUUUUGUUUCCAUAAGAGUUCUUUUUUUGUAUAAAUAGGACUGUGGUGAGUUUAAGACUACAAGAGGUGGCAGGUUGUAAUGUUUCAUAAGUCACUGGUUUCCAAAUUGUGGUUUAGGUCCACUUUAUUUAGGAUUGUUAUAUAUGCUGAUUGAAAGUAAGAUACAACCUUUGUUCUUGUGUUGACAAUUAGAGAAAUUUUCUGCAGCUUCCUAUAAAUAUAGAGUUUUAAAAAAAUAUAUUUUGUUUUGCCCAUUCUGAAUGUGAAGAGAUAUUAGAUUAUGUUUUUGGCGUGGUCAUAUCUAAAAAUAAAUUCUGCCAUUAAAUGCAACUAUUGAUGUGGGAAUUACAUUAAUUUCAAUUAGUGAGUGAAAAUUCUGUUUGUGAUGAGUCUUGGUUGGUAAGUUCACCCGCAUUGUUAUUAAACUUGUGCGUACGUACAUUUUUAAACUUGCAAAGACUCGGUUCCUGUUUAAAAUCUAGCGACUCAGUGUUAUGUGUUGAGUCUUUCUUUGGUUGUGAGACUUCUGAACCAUUUCAAGAAAGAAGUUGUAGUAGAGCCUAUUCUUCACAAAUAUUACUACAGGGAAACUGCAUAAAACUUUUCAUAACCAAAUGUUCGUUUUAUUCAGCCACGCCAAGGUUUCUUAUUUUCUAAAACCAAGAUACAGUUGAGUUGCUAUGAAAUUUAAAUCCUAAAUUUGUAUUUUCUUUUUUUGCAGUCUGUCCUACACUAUAAGAACCUGCUUCCCUUCUAGAAUUCAACAAUACGCAGCAAUAUUUAUGUAAAUACAAAGGUAUAUAUUGUGUUUUGUAUAAUUUCAGCUACAUUGGUAUUUCCAGAUGGUAACAGUCAAGAAAUUUGUUUCAGCUAAAUAUUUAAUUCUAAUAUUUUAUUUAAGAAACGUAAUGUUUUAUUACACUGUUGUAUAAUACUUGAUUUUGAUUUAAGGGGUUUAUUUUAUAAUAUCUGGAACUCCUGUUAUCAUUCUUAUCCAAUUCUGUGUUUACUAGGUAGAAUAUGCCAUGAAUCCUGUUGCCAAGGGUACUACUGUUUGAUGCCAAUUAAUUCAGGAAUUAAUAGUGUUAAUGGGAAUGUUCAUGACAUUUCAUUUGUAGUUGUGGUUAUGUUUCAGUACCUUUACUAUAUGAAGUUGCGUAAUUUAUAUUGCAAUAAUAGCAUGGACUGAUUUAAUGUGAUGACUAGAAAAGUUCUGGAGAGAGUAUUUUAAAUUGGGUGUUUGUGAUACGAUUAUAAAUUUUUCCACAAAAAUCCAUUUUUUUUAAUUUAUGGAUGUUAUUUGAACAAUGCAAGAUAAGUUUGGACAACAGCUGGUAAAGAUAAUGAAGAAUUUACAAAAGGAGUUUAGAUUUGUAUUUAUUUGUGAAAGGACUUGAUAAAAACAAUUUAAAUAAGUAGGUGAGAAAUAAAGUAAUACUUAUUUAAGCAGUUCUAAACAAAAUAUAAAUUACAAACAACCAUAAAUUAUGACUAAGAAUUGAAAAUUGAGGGGAGAAACAAUUGAGGCACAAUUAGAUGAUUGUCUUUUACAUGGCGGUCGUUAUGAACAAAUUUUUAUCUGAAACUUUAUAUUCAGAUUCUUAUAGUGUUAAAAAAAAUUCUUAAGACAUUUUCAUGCCACAAGAGAAAGUAUUGCUAACAUUGGCUCAUUAGCAUGAGUUCCAAAAACGUGAAGUUUUAUGAUGUAUUCCAGAUGGUGUAUUUUACCGGAUUCAGCAGUGAACAAAAAUCAGAAAACUCAAAAUUGUGACAGUUGUUUUGAAGGAUAUAGCAAAAUUUUUGUGUCUCUUUCUCUGACUUACAUUCUCUGAGAUAUAGAGGGUGGUGGCUGUCAGCAUCAAAACCAGAAAAUUUUGAAUUAUAAAACUACUUGCUAACAACUUCACAUUGUAUGGUAAAUAACAACAAAGAAUAUGUGUCAGUAUGAGACAACCAGUCAACUGAAAAUGGGGAGUAGUGCAGACUUCCAAAUUUUCAUAUUAAAUAAUACCUCAAACAUUGGACAGUGCCCACUAAAAUUUUAUUGUGGCCUAACGUGAUUUGUUGUUUACAUUUUCAAUAUUGAUUGAAGUAAAGGAUUUGUUAAAUUGUUGAACUGGUAUUUUUGUGUUGGCUUUAUGGUGGUACCCCUGAUUUACAGGAUGAUUGGCGUACAGUAAAGUGCCUUUGAAGGAUGUUCUGUGUUUGUGCAGUGUUAUUGAUGUAAGUGCGGGGGAAACGAAGAUGUGUCGAGACAUUGUACAGUUAGAUCUGAUGUAAAGACCUUUAAUUAUUCUUAUGUUAAAAAAUUUUACUUUAAAAUUGGA